AUGGGAAUAACAAAAGAGAAGACCGUCCUCAAAAGCCAAGCCCUUCAAAAGUACAUUUUCGAAACAAGUGCUUACCCUAGAGAGUCCGAGCAUUUGAAGGAACUCAGAGAGGCCACAGUCAAGAAAUAUCAAGCUCGGAGUGUGAUGAAUGUGCCAGUGGAUGAAGGUCUAUUCCUCUCGAUGCUUUUGAAGAUAAUGAACGCGAAGAAAACAAUAGAGGUCGGAGUCUUCACCGGUUAUUCUCUUCUUAGUACUGCUCUAGCACUGCCGGCUGAUGGCAAGAUACUAGCUGUUGAUGUGAGCAGGGAAGCGUAUGAGGUUGGAUUGCCAUUUAUUCGGAAGGCUGGAGUGGAGCAAAAGAUUAACUUCAUUGAAUCAAAUGCCUCCUCACUUCUAAAUGAUCUAAUCGCCAAUGGCAAAGAAGAGGGGACCUUUGAUUUUGCAUUUGUGGAUGCUGACAAGGAAGGCUACAUCAAGUAUCACGAGCUGCUUCUAAAACUGGUUAAGAUUGGUGGAAUAAUUGCUUACGAUAAUACCUUAUGGUUUGGGUCAGUAGUACUCUCUGAGGAUGAUGAGAUGGAAGAAUCUUUCAGGAAAGAAAGAAAAUAUAUCAUGGAGCUGAACAACUUUCUAGCAACAGACUCUCGUAUCGAAUCAUCUCUUGUUUCAAUUGGGGAUGGCCUUACCCUUUGCAGGCGUCUCUAUUAG